AUGAACAGAAUUCGGAUCCAUGUUUUGCCAUCAAGUCGAGGACGCCUUACUCCUGUGCCGCGGCCACAGGAGCCUCUCUCAUGUGCCUUCACCCACCGCCAGUGCUCCCAGCCGCGGCUGGAGGGGCAGGAGUUUUGUAUUAAGCACAUUCUUGAAGACAGGACUGCCCCUUUCAAGCAGUGCAGCUACGUUUCAACCAAGAAUGGAAAGCGAUGUCCCAAUGCUGCACCCAAACCAGAGAAGAAGGAUGGCACAUCGUUCUGUGCAGAGCAUGCCCGUAGGAACAGUCUGGCGCUCCAAGCUCAGAUGAAGAAGUCCAAUCCUGGGCCUGUAAGUGAGACUCUUCUUUGCCAGCUUAGCUCUUACGUCAAAACAGAGCUGGGCUCCCAGACUGCAGAGAGCAGCCGCAGCGAAGCCAGUCGGAUCCUAGAUGAGGACAGCUGGAGCGAUGGCGAGCAGGACCCUAUCCCAGUGGACCAGACAUGGCGAGGGGACCCGGACAGCGAGGCUGACAGCAUCGAUAGUGAUCAGGAGGAUCCCUUGAAGCAUGCUGGCGUAUACACAGCUGAGGAGGUGGCUUUGAUCAUGCGAGAGAAGCUGAUCCGCCUGCAGUCUCUCUACAUUGACCAGUUCAAACGACUCCAGCACCUUCUGAAGGAGAAGAAGCGCCGAUACCUUCACAGCCGCAAGGGAGAGCAUGAAGCCAUAGGCAACAGCCUUCUGACAGGCCCGGAGGGGCUGAUGGCCAAGGAGCGUGAGAACCUGAAGCGCCUGAAGUGCCUGCGCCGCUACCGGCAGCGCUACGGCGUGGAGGCCCUGCUCCACCGGCAGCUGAAGGAGCGCAGGAUGCUGGCGACUGACGGCACUGCCCAGCAGGCACACACCACCCGCUCCAGCCAGAGGUGCUUGGCCUUUGUUGACGAUGUUCGAUGCUCCAACCAGUCCCUCCCGAUGACCAGGCACUGCCUUACGCACAUCUGUCAAGACACUAAUCAGAUGCUAUUUAAACCGUGUCAAGGCUCCGAGGAAGUGCCCUGCAACAAGCCAGUUCCCGUGAGCCUCUCCGAGGAUCCGUGCUGCCCGCUUCAUCUCCGGUUACCCCCACAGAUGUACGUACCUGAGCAAGUGCUGGUUGUCCCCGAGGAGCUGGAAGCUGCCCCCACGGACCUGUACUUGAGCGCUGCUGAGCUCCAGCCCACGGAGAGCUUGCCCCUGGAGUUCAGUGAUGACUUGGACGUGGUGGGUGAUGGUAUGCAGUGUCCCCCAUCCCCUCUGCUCUUUGAUCCUUCUGUGGCCCUUGAUCAGUCCCUCAGAGACGUGGCUGAGGCCCCCAUAGACAUACUGGCCCUGGAGGAGCCCUCCCACACAGCCCUCCCUCCACAGACAGCGCUGACGGAGAGAGGAACCUCCUCUGCCCAUGUCUUCUCCCCGGCUGCCGAGCCUCCGGCCGAGCUGCCGGCACAGGGUCACCCGCCGAUGGCAGCGUGCUGGCCAGGGUCCAGGGAGGACAGCCGGCUGGAGGAAGCCACCUCCACUCAGGCCCGUGGAGGGGCCGCCAACGGGAGCCUGGAGCCCACGUCUGUGACACCACGGAGGGACGGGGCUGGGAACAUCCCAAGAGAGGCGGAGAACACAGCCCUGGCCCAGGCCAACGAGAACCAGCGGGAGACGUAUGAGCGCUGCCUGGACGAGGUCGCCAACCAUGUGGUACAGGCGCUGCUCAACCAGAAGGUCAAGUUGGCUGCCCGCAAGCUGGAAGCUGAGAGCCUCAACAUCUCGAAGCUGAUGGAGAAGGCAGAGGAUCUGCGCAAGGCGCUGCGGGAGGAGCACGCCUUCCUGCAGGGGGUGGAUGGGAAGGAGGUGCCCUACGAGAGCCGCCUGGAGCACAAGCGGGAGCUGUGUGACCUCCGACGGGUCCCCCCUGACGCCAAAGACCCCCGGCUCUGCCGCCCACCUCGCAACGGCAUCGUGGGACACCUACGGGAGCCCCCUGACAAGGUGAGAACACCCCUCUACCACCACCCCAUUGCCACCACUGGCCAUGUGCCCUCGCCGGGGCGGGGUGCGUACACCAUGGCUACUCACCCUUUUCCGGCAUCGUGGGACACCUACGGGAGCCCCCUGACAAGGUGA